UAUGCCGUCUAUGCUUUGUGUUCAUUGUGUCUGUUUUCUGUCAAAUAUUAUUGUAGUUUUAUAAACCAACUGGUGUUUGUUUCGAAACAACAUUGUGUACACUGUAACCAAUGCUAUACAAAAAUAGCAUGAAGGUCAAACGUUAACAACUAGUAAAAACCGAAGAGAAAGGCACCACACUUUCCGAAUAAAAAAGCCUUUGAAUGUCGAAACAAAGAUGGCGUCUAGUAGAGACGAAGGCCCGGUCUAUUACAGGGAAAUACAGAAAAACGCGUAUCUCAAACGGAUACCAAACGAUCUAGGCGGCAGCAAACUGAAGCCGUUGGGGAGUAAAAAAGUUCCUCUCAAGCCCAUGUGGACUCAAUUCUGCGUCCACAACGGCCGCACUCCGUACCUGGAACAGUACCUUGACGCCGUCAGCCCCGCUACUGUCUCCCACAAGCCGGUGUGGAGGGCGUGUCUCCGUUCCGCUCGUCACGUGACGGCGAGUGUCAAACCUCACUGCGGAGACCAGUAUGACUUCUUAGUGGAUACCGAUAAUGGCGCUGUGAGGAUGUUGGCUCCGGAUUGGGAAUCCAUGCAAGACUGGGUGUCGACUCUUCGCAACACCCUCCACGAAUUGAAGAUCCUCGGUAAGGGUGAGAACGUGUAUUGCGCGGGCCCCGCGCCCGCCGCGCCCCGCGCCGCCGCCCGCGACCCCACCUCGCCGCUGCCCCCCACACCGCCCGUGCCACCAGACAGAGUACCAGGCAUAGAACUAACAACGCGUCCGCCACCACCACAACCAACACCACAACCGACACCACAACCGGAACCAGUCGACCCACAACCACUCCCACAAACAGACAGCGAACCGACACCAGCACCAUCAAACCCAACCACUCCAGAAAUAGAUAUAUCCAAUUGGGAUACACCAUUUUCAUCUCUGCCCAGUACAAGCCAAGUCAAAAGUGAACCAAGGAAAAGUGUUGCGAAAAUCUGUGGCCAAAAUAUAUGUCUAGAUGAUUCAAUAUUUAAUAGAAAUGCAACGGAUAGCGACGAUGAUUUCUUCGCUGAAAUCGAUCGCAUGAGUGACGAUGAUUAUAAGCAAAGAGUCCUGGUUAGUAAUGGCGAAAGCGGGCCGAGUGAAGCCGGGGAGAGUAGCAAUCACCAAGCAACAAAUAUAACAGUCAUUCAAGUGUCAAAUAAGGAGCCUCCCCACACAGCCAUACCCGUCAUGGGCCCGGAAAUAGAUGUUUUCGAUUUCGAAUUCAAGCAGAACCUCACAAUCACAGACCAAACGAACCCUAAUUUCGUAAACAUAGUCAAUACAGAACAAAAUGACUACGGAACCACGUUUUCCAAAGACUCUGAUUAUGGUCACCUAAGUUUGACGACCACAGUCAGUCUGACUGGUACAUCUGAUUCGAACUAUCCCAAUUUCUCAACCACAUCAAAUGAAACGGAACAACUGUAUGAAAGAUUAUGUAUGGCAUCGACUUCGAAUCCAAAGCCGUCGCCUUUACCAGUUAAAAAGUUGAAGAAUGUUGAGAAAAGUCGAAAAUCGUCGUUACCAAAUUUGGAAGUCGGCGAGGCGACUUACGAAUAUUUGUUCAUGAGCAAUAAUAAUACAAAUUUGAUUAAUGUUUCGAGUGAGGUUAAUUGUAACGGGGAGGCAUCUAAUAAUGCUGUGCCCCUACCUACAACGGCUAACGAUUCGAGAUUGAGAGCUGUUGAGAGAUCAAGAAGUCAGAAUGCUUACGAUGCUUCUAGAAUGAGAGAGAACGUGCCUAGAAGAGCACAGAACAACAGUCCUAAGAGGGAAAUUAAAAAUGAGUCAUCUGACCAGCCUCAAAAUAAACCAAUAUGGAAGCGUGGUUUAACAGAACUGUCUUUAUUAACUCGACUAAAGUCUAUUGGUCAGAGUAAAAAGGAAAGCCCGACCAGACAAAAUGAUAGUCAUGAUAGGAACGCAGUAACUUCCCCAGUUAAAGUGGUGCACCGGUCCAGACCUGAAGGCAGGGUUGAUGCGACUAGACGAAGGAGCAGUUCUUUAAGUAAUGGUUGUACGAUCCUCCCAGCUACAGAGACCCCUGUAGCAGGCAGCUCGCUGACCCCGCUACGCGCGCGCCAGGCGGCGGCGCUACGGGCUACGCAGCGUAGAGCCGCCGCGUUGCCCGCUACGCUGUCGCUACGAGACCCUCCUGUGUUCGCUGAUUAUGAUAACCAUGUUUGGCUGGCGUGGUGGGGAGGCGGCGGGGCGCGCGCGGGGGGCCGCGCCGGGGACCGCGUGGCCGCGCUGCGCUGCCGCUCCCCGCGGGACGCCGCACACGCGCGCCAGCUGCUGGCCCUGCCGCACGCACAUGCUGUCGACAUACUAUUUCAUCGUGUGCCGCUCGCUAAGAUAUAUGUUAUCAACAAGAGAGACCAAGAAAGUAUUGGCUUGAAAUUAGACAAUGAAUGCAAUAUAACAAGCGUCGAACCCGGGAGUCCGUGUGCAAGAGCCGGUUUACCACCACCCGGUAACUGGGCACUGACCGAAAUCAAUAAUAGACCGAUCAAUUUACUCAAGGGAGGUGAAGAAGAAAUGAACAGAAUAAGCAAACACGGUACUGAAGUUUCAGUUCUCAUACAACCGUCUGCCCUAGUCAAGAAACUCAGGUCCGCGCUCAAAGGGAACAAAACUCUAUUAGGACUGAGAUAAGAUACAAUUUACAUUAAAGUUUCAUCAUAUGAUUGAUGUACAACCUGGUGUCAGAGUUUAAACCGUCCGUAGACCUCUGACGUGACGCAACACACCCUUGAACAAUUCUCAGGUGUGUCGCGCCUCACGAUGUUUUUCUGAAUCGUUUUUAGCAGGUGAUAAUAAUACGCAGAUACAUUCUUGAAGACUGGCAGUCAAAUGUACAUCGUUAUCGGUUUAGCAGUUCUUGAGAUAAAACGAAACUAACAAUCAGUAAUAGAUUUUGUUAUGAAUGGUAUCUUAAAUCUUCAUGAUGCUAUUAUUUACAUCCAUUUUUAUAUAAAUAUAAAGUUUUUCAUUAAGAGGCUUUUGAUAA